GUAAGGCUGGUCACAGCUGUUGCAAGGAUACUUAAAUCUCUUCUUCCUUUCGCUCACAUCUCCUUUCCUUUCUCAUUCUCCUCCUCAUCCACAUAUUUUGAUUUAUGACUCACCUUGUUCUUCAGUUCCCUUGAACCAAAUCCACUAUCACUUUUCCGUUAUCGCUGUUCACCUUGAGUGCAUUCUUGUUGGCGCACCAGUUUGAUCAUCCGUAAACAAUUAAGACUCAGUUACCCCCCCAUUUCAUCAUGGCGCAGGCAAAGAAAACCCCUUCCCCCUCGUGUGCUACCUCUCCUUCUCCAUCUCGUUCACAGAAUGGAGGCCAGCCACGGACUCCUCCCAAUAAGAAGGGGAAGGCAGUCGUGAACUCUUCUCCUGAGAGCCAGGGGUCCUCCAAAUCCCCUCAGCGGCAGAGGGCAUCUCCCAAAAAGAAAAAGAAGAAGACCGCACGGUCCCCGCUGCAAGCGAUUGAGACCGAACCAACGAAAGGGAUUGAAGCGGUCGUUGGACCGAAGAAGUCCGUUGGCCCGGCUUCGCGGAAGCAUGGAGAGGCCUCCCAGGCCAAAAGGGCAAAGGGUGCAGCAAGCCCCGGAAGAGCCCCAGGGGGCCAAGUACCGACCACUUCGCCUGCAUCUGCCACACCGCAGAGCAGCAAGUCUUCCUCUUCCUUGACAGAGGAAGAGCUUGACAAGAUCUACCCUGGCGCGAAGAAGGACAGGGAAUCUGAGGCGUCCAAGGUCGGGCGUAUCCUCUUCGAAGCCUUCGACGAGGUUGGGAAGACUGGAGGAUCACGAGGCCUGGAAGCGAGUCGUUGGGCUCCCGGUGCAUCGGAGCCCUCUUCUCCCUCCGCAGACGAAAAAGAUCGAACCAAAAACAGGCAACGCAAGAAGAGUCGCUCGCGGGGCAGAAGCAAGAAGAAAGUUUUUUCCAAGAGCUCUCCUCCAUCAAACGAUACCCCCUCCCAUGCGAACAGCAAACUGCCCGCUAAGAACGCGAAGAUCAUGGCUCCAGCACACACGGUUGCUCCGAUUCUGGACACCCCUGAGUCAAAGGCAACAGAGAAGGACGCGGCACAUGUGGCUCAGGUACUUUUUGACGCAUUCGAUGAACUUAGCAAAGACUCCCCGCGCCCCGGCCUUGAGGCUAGCCGAUGGGCCAUCAUCCCUACAGGGAAAACUCCUGUUCGAAAGGAAAGCAAGCCUGUGAACAAAACCCCAGCCAUCAGUAAGGAUGAACAGACUGUGAAAAAAGUGGUGUCUACGAACGUUGCCAAUCUCAACAACACAUCGGCCUUCAUGGCUGCAGUUCGAGGUCGCUCCACCCAAGCUGCCAAAGGCGCAUCUGAAUCCGUUGGAAAUAGUAAGUGUCUUCCCGACUAUGUCUCUUCGAUGGCAUGUCCUGACGCGUUUUCAGUGGUUUCUGCAAGUAAACCAGAAGCUCCUUUGGAGAUUCAGCUUCAAAAGUCUCCAGAGCAUAAAUCUGAUGUUGCAAGCCAAAGCCGAACUUCAGUUAACAAAACGCUCCUCACCUCAACUAACUCCCCAGCCUCCGUUACAUCUUCGAAAGGUCCGACGACAGGUAAAGAAGACCGUGAGCACCUUAGCUUCUCCAGCAGUGGGGCAACUCCGUCACCAAGAUCAAGACCACGUGUUGAGCUUCGACGGGUUAUCCUGUCUCCAAUCCCAGAAUCCUUCGCAUCCCCAAGCAAGGUCUUUUCACUCAUUCAUGGCGGUCGUAUCGAAUCCGUAAGAUAUUUCCCGCAGUCAAAGUCUGCACAUGUUCUUUUCUGUGAUCCUGCAGCUUGCCAGAGGUACUAUGACAAGUAUCCGAAUGGAAUCGAGGUCAACGUGAGUGGCCGCAAGGCCAUAAUUUUUGUGGACUGGCAUAAGGAGGUGGACAUUGUUAGCUCCCGCCUUAGGGAAUCCUUGCGCUUGGGGGCUACGCGUGUCGUACGUGCUGUCGGUGCCGAUUUGGCUCUGAACAUGAAGGAGCUGGCGGAUCUCCCCGAGAGACUGAAUUUCAAAUUGGAAAAGGUCAUUGAUGUGUUUGAUGCUUCAAGCAGAGUUCGAGCUGUCACAUUCCGUCUCUCCUCUAUUGAAAAUGCUGUCCGCCUGCGCUCCUAUCUAAUCCGCCAGGAUGACUGGCAGCAAGCAAAUGUGCAGUUUGGUGUUGACCCUUGCGAAGUCGCAAGAGGAAUCCACUGGGAUUAAGGCUGUUCUCUCGACUGCUUGAGAGCUGGGCUCUUGAGGGCUCGCUCGGCAAUGGACGAUCGAUGAUAAGUCUCAUUAUGAAGGACGGUUGUCAUGUUUUCAACGAUUUCAUCUCCCUUUCAGUAUUCUUAAGGUUAUCCAAAUUGUCGAUCUGGGACCAGGAAAACAAAUUGCUAUUUUGAGGAUGAUUUUUGCUUUGUGGACAGGCGAUAGAGAGACAAUGGUGUUUGAACUGGCUAGCAUCUGGAAUUCGCAAAUUGCUUGAAAUAUCAUAGAAUUUGCAAGCUUUGAGUUUUCUGUUUUCUCCUUAACACAUUUGCUGGCUGUUGUUAUUAGCUUCACAUGAAUUAAUUAUUAUUAUCUCUGUUCUUUAAGAUCUGAAUUUCUCCAGAUGACCUUUGCCUCGCCGCAAUAGUAGGGGAUGAGGGGCCCAUGAGGGGGGGGAAACCAACACUUUGCCCGGGCGUCGCCCAAUAUCAAAUCACGCAUCCCUUUUCCACACAACCACCACCUUCGUUUUUCCAUCUUUCCACUUAUCGGGCGUUGCAGCUGAUCGACUAGUCUCUUCCCAACAUUAACAAACAAGGGUCAGUAGUACGUUUCUUCUAGCCGUUUAGUAUGUACGUACAUACGUAUCAUCGUUCUGCCAUAAACCAACGCGACUUGCUCGAAGCGCCCGUCGCCGAGUUCGACUGGGAUGUACAAAUUGUCGGGAGAGAUGGUCGCCUUGAACUUCCUAACCUCUCACUGGCUCUAACUGCACCUGUGCGUUGUCUCCGAUUUUUCUACCUGGUCAUGCUGCCCCUCCGCACGUACAUAGAGCACAUAUACUGUACAUACAUAUGGGGGCCAUCCCAGCAGGAGGGUAACGUUUCAGCAGCCCGAGCAAGGAGUGCCACCAGGUAAUAUUCCGACGGCGAUGGCGUCGAUUCCUGAUAAACCCGGUCAUCGUGCUUCGCAAGAUUCGCCCAGCCACGAAACGCCUCGGCUCUAAACUCUUUACCACCUACUCCGUACUUUGGUUGGAUACAUCUGGAGACCUUCGAGCUUGGUUUAUCCUUGCCCUGCAGGUUUUCCAACUUUCCCGGGCCC